UCCCAACUAAUUCUUCCAUCCUUCUCUCUAUAUAUAGGACUGAUCUCCACAUCCAUUGCCAUCAUCGCAAGUUUCUCAAACCGGAGCCAUUUACAUCACAAUCAAGCUCCUUUUCUCCCUCCAGAAGAAUGGCCGACUCCGCACCCAGUGAACCUGCUCACGCAGGCACAAGCAAUGAAGCCAAGGGGAAAGCCCUUCUGGCAGCUUCAGUGGGACAUGACAGGAGAGUAGGGUACGGCAAGGGGAUUGCAAUAUUUGACUUCUUCCUCAGGCUGUGCGCUCUCACUGCUGCUUUGGCUGCCACUGCCUACAUGGGAACUGCGGAUGAAACUCUCCCUUUCUUCACCCAGUUCUUCCAGUUCGAAGCCAGCUAUGAUGAUCUACCCACCUUUCAGUUUUUCGUGGUUGCAAUGGGAUUAAUAAGUGGCUACUUUGUCCUUUCUAUUCCUUUUUCAAUAGUUUGCAUCGUUCGUCCCCAUGCAAUUGGACCAAGGAUGCUUUUAAUUAUCUUGGACACUGUGAUGGUUGCUUUCACCACCUCGGCCGCCGGCGCAGCCGCCUCCAUAGUCUACUUGGCUCACAACGGAAACCCUAAUGCGAAUUGGCUGGCCAUAUGCCAGCAGUUCACCGAUUUCUGCCAGCAAGCCAGCGGGGCGGUGGUGGCGUCCUUCAUCACGGUGGUCAUCCUCAUCGUCUUGGUUGUGCUCUCUGCCGUGGCUCUCCGACGAGGUUGAGAGAUUCAGCUGGUUUUGUGAUCUCCUUCACCAUUAUCAUUUGGGUUCUUUUUUAUGUUUAUGUUUGAGAUUGUUGGUUUGAGCCCCCCCGAAAGAAAGUGUAAUCUGCCUUGAUUGUGAAAGAAAUUGCAAUGGAAAAUGUGGUUACUUGAUCU